UUUGUUAGGCUUAGGUCAUGGUCUGAUCAGUUGUUAAAGAUUUCGUCAAUUAAAAAAUCAAUAUAGAAAGGCAUAAAAAUUAGCACUGUCGUGGACAUAGUUAUUUACACCUUUGAAAACAAGAGAUUUUGUUGUUCAACUAAUUAAUUAUAAUAAGUAAUAUGAAUCCACUAACAAAUGUGAAAAAUAUUACCAAGUUGAAUGAGAAGGAACUAUCUCUUGGAAUAGACAGUAAAACCUCGUGGCACAAUCUCUACAAACACAGUGCUUGGAUCUUUCUUGGUGGUCUGUCAUAUGACUUGACAGAAGGAGAUAUUGUUUGCGUAUUUUCUCAGGUUAUGAACCUAAUAUACAGGUAUGGUGAAGUGGUCAACGUUAAUCUGGUGCGAGAUAAGAAAACUGGCAAGUCCAGAGGGUUCUGUUUCGUAUGUUACGAAGAUCAGAGGAGCACUGUUUUAGCUGUGGAUAAUUUAAAUGGUAUUAAGUUGUGUGGAAAGACCGUUCGUGUUGAUCACGUGGAAAAUUAUAAAAUCCCUAAAGAAUAUGACGAUGAUGAUGAUCUGACAAAAACUUUACAUUUAGAAGGCUGUGCUCCCAAGCCUCCUGAACUGUCUCCUAACCAGGAAGUAAAAGAUGUUCCAAAAAUAAAAAAAGAAAAGAAGAAGAAAAAGGACAAAAAGAAGAAGAAAGAAAGCAAAAAGCUAAGUGGUAGAGACAGUAGUUCAUCAAAUGUUUCAACUAAAGAUAUUAAACCAACAAAUAAGGAGAAAGAAGAUAAAAAUGAUUUGGGACACAAGUAUCUCAACAAAGAUACAAGUUCUAGCUAUCAUAAUUCUCCUCAAAAGCAGAAAUACGAAAAUCAGUCGGAAACAUUGGGUCGAAAUUCGAACAUUCCAGUACAUAGCAAAUUAUCUGGGGAAAGAAGUCGGGAAACUGACCUUAAUCAUAGUUCCAGGCACAGAAGCAGAAGUCCACUAUCAGGCACGCAAAACUCGUCAAGAGGUUCAUCAUAUAAUAAAAAUUUUAGAAAAGAAAGCCCAUCAGAUGAACGAAAACAUCAUGCAAAAUAUUAUCCAAAGAAUGGUCAGGAAAAAGUUGAAGAGAAAAGACGUCUACUCAAACACAGAUCUUGGAGUAAAGAAGGUAAUAAACCACAGGAUGAGGGAAAGAUGGAAACUAAAAAUAAUGACAGAAGAUCAAGUAGAGUAGGCAGAGAUAGAAAGGAGUAUGAUCUUGGAAAAAGGCAGAGAGAAAAUGACUUUUACGAACAAGAAAGAUCAAUUAACCAAGAUUAUAAAGGAUCAAAAAGAUUUCAGGAUCACAGGUCUCGACUGUCACCAUUACAGGGCAGGUUUGAUGAACUUCACCAUGGGAGGAGAGACUAUGAAAUUAAUUUAGGUUUUAUGAAUAGCGACAACAGGAGAUACACAGAGCAACAGUUCAACCACGACAAUGGAAAUAGCAGGUAUUCAGAGCGUAUGCACGACACAGAAGAUUUUACAGACAGAAGAAGAAGAGAUUGGGAAAUAGGUACAAGUUACACAGAAAGAGAAAAAGAGCUUGAAUGGCUUAGAAAACGGGAAUUCGAAAUACAGAGAGAAAGAGCUAGAGAAGUCUACAACUUUAGAGAAGAAUGUAGUAGGGAUUUUGAAUGGGAUGAUGAUUUUAACCAUGUUCCAAGAAAUAAGUCCAAACAUCGAACAUCCUACAGACCCAAGGACAGAAGUAGGAGUUGGAAUAACAAGAAUAGUGUCAGGCAGCCAAGAAUAUCGCAGAGAUAAAAGUGCACACGAGUCAUAAAGGCUUUUUAGUUUGUACAUUAUAACGUCAUAAGUUGAUAUUUUUUUGUAUCAUUCAUUUUUCACCAUAAUUCACUGGCAAUGUUAAAUUUUCGAAAUUUAGUUUGUAAUAUAUAAGAUGUUGUAAAUUAAAAAAACAUGAAAAAGA